CAUUUGCAUGAGACCAAGGACCCUCCUGCAAGAGACGUCAUUGUAAGGGCAGAGGGAGCCUGCACAAGUUCCACCCAAUAAGGAAGGCAGGGGCAUUGGAGGGGAAGCGUGAUUUAGAGCCUAGAGCCGUGUCUGAGUUGGUAGAUUUCUUCCCAGCCGCCUCUGGAUUCAAAUCAAGUCAUACAGCAGGAGGCAGCUAUGACCACAAACUCCAGAAAAUGCAACAAGGUCCUCCUUUGACAUCCCAUCAAAUAGGUGAGUAGUGUUCUCCCCACUUCUGCCCUGAACCAAAUGGGCUGCAGUAACUUGAGGGCUCCGGCAGACCCAGCACCUGCCCAGGCUCCUCGGGGAUCGUCCCAUUGCCAGUGGUGGGGACAGCCCCAGCAGCCCAAGACAACUCCCUUGGCACAGAGAUCAAAGUCUUCACCGAGAGGACCCCCAAGGGGCCACUAGGGAGAGAGCAGGGGCGUAGCUGUCCUGGCCCAAGUGGGCUGGAGCAGGUGAGGAGGAAACCGGCAGAUGCCACGUGGCGGCAAAAAGGAGUUAUUUAUGUAUGCACUACACGCUGCACCUGGAGACUCCUAACUGCACGCGAUUUGGGGGUAAUCAGGCAGUUCUGCAACAGCUGGUCACAGCGAGAGCCAGGAAAGAACAGUACUCCAGAUGACUCUGGUAUCACCUUAUUUGUAACCCUGGGCAGAUGGGCUGUAGUGUGGUCUGAGGAAACUCAGGUCAAAACAUCUUAGAAUUUUUAUAAGUACGAAUAAACUGGAAUACUGAAUUCUAGCCUGUUAAUCUGGUAAUUAAAGUAUUUUUUUUAAUCAUAGGCGGCUUUAGCUUCUCCCCUCCUUGUUCAACUUUGUGCAUGACUUCAGCUUUACUUUCUUUCUCAAGACAUGCCAAAAUGCUGAGUCACUAAAAAAAAAAAAAAAGAAGAAGGAAAAGAAAGUAAAGGAAGAGUGAUCCUGCUUUUUAGGGCCAGGCUUGUAAUGACCUAAGCGGCACUUUUUCCCCCGGUUGUGAUUCCUGUGAUGCUAAAGGACGUCACAUUGCACAAUCUUAAUAAGGUUUCCAAUCAGCCCCACCCGCUCUGGCCCCACCCCCACCCUCCAACAAAGAUUUAUCAAAUGUGGGAUUUUCCCAUGAGUCUCAAUAUUAGAGUCUCAACCCCCAAUAAAUAUGAGACUGGGGAUGUCUGAGGCUCAUUCUGCCCUCGAGCCCACCAGGAACGAAAGAGAGCUCCAUCUGUCCUCCAGGAACCCAGCUAUGAACUCCCUCUCCACAAGCGCCUUCAGUCCAGUUGCCUUCUCCCUGGGGCUGCUCCUGGUGGUGGCUACUGCUUUCCCCACUCCACUAUCUCUGGGAGAAGAUUCCAAAGAUGAUACCACCUCAAAUAGACCACUACUCACCACUGCAGACAAAACUGGACACCACAUUAAGUACAUCCUCGACAAAAUCUCUGCCCUGAAAAAGGAGAUGUGUAACAAUUUUAGCAAGUGUGAAAACAGCAAGGAGAUACUAGCAGAAAACAACCUGAACCUUCCAAAGAUGGCAGAAAAAGAUGGAUGCUUCCAAUCUGGGUUCAAUCAGGAGACCUGCCUGAAGAAAAUCACCACCGGCCUGUCAGAGUUUCAGAUAUACCUGAAGUACCUCCAGAACCAGUUUAAGAGUGAAAACGAAAACGCCAAGACUAUACAGAUCAGUACCAAUGCCCUGGUCAAGAUGCUGAAGCAAAAAAUAAAGAAUCCAGAUGAAGUAACCUCUCCUGACCCAACUGAAAACACCAGCCUGCUGGAGAAGCUGCAGUCGCAGAAUGAGUGGCUGAAGAACACGACAAUUCACCUCAUCCUUCGAAGCCUUGAGGAUUUCCUGCAGUUCAGCCUGAGAGCUGUUCGCAUAAUGCAACCUUAAACCUACGACAACCUAAGAAUUGUCGUAGUUCAUGAGUAUUCCUUCGUCUGGUCAGAAACCUGUCCACUGGGCACACGACUUAUGUUGUUCUCUAUGAAGAACUAAAAGUAUGAGCGUUAGGACACUAUUUUAAUUAUUUUUAAUUUAUUGAUAUUUAAAUAUAUAAUGUUGAGUUAAUUUAUAUAAGUAUUAGAUAUUUAUAUUUUUAUGAAGUGCCACCUGAAAUAUUUUAUGUAUUAGUUUUGAAAAAAUAACGUAAAAAGACUAUGCAGCUUGAAUGUCCUCAUUGUUUCAGAGCCGCAUCAUUUCUUGGAAUGUGUAGGCUUACCUCAAGUAAAUUGCUAACUUAUACAUAUUUUUAAGGGAAAUAUUUAUAUUAUAUUUAUAUAAUGUUUAAAUUGUUUUUAUACCAAUAAACGCCUUUUUAAAAAAAAAUUAGCAACUAAGCAUCUGUGUCUUGUGAAGC